UGAGUGGACUAAAGAUGGGGGAGCAAGGUUGUUGGCUGGAGGCUAACAGUGGAGACUGGGUGGCCAUCUUGGAUUCCCAAUCCCAGAUGGUUGCAGACAAGGGCCCAGGGGACAUCAUCACUGAGCAGGUCAGGACCAGAGGUGACAUAGUGGAGGUCAGUGGAUGGGACAGCGUCCUCAACUCUGGGCUGGGGAACAACAAUGUUAACCACAACCAGAAACAGACAGUGGAACACAAAACAACAACUGAAUUUAGUCUCCAAGACAACAGAAUGUCUGAGACCAGGGCGAGGUGUAGAUUUGGUCUGCGGGGACGUGGCCAGGUUCGUAUGCAGCAGGAACGAAUAGGCACAGUCUCGGCUAGCGAGGCUCCAUCCUGCUCCUAUAGUUGUGAUUCAGAGAGACUGAUGGCGCCUCAGGUUAACCCCCUAACAGAUGCUGCCUUCAGCCUGCCUUCUAUAGGAUCUAUCAACUGGAACAUGGACCCUGCGACAACACAGACACUCCCUGGCCUUCGUCCUCCUCACACUAUCCUAAUGUUAAACCAAACCUCAGACAAUGCCAGUGCAUCAACACUAAAUGGCUACAUAAGCCCAUUGACAAAUGAUAGUAGUAGUAGCGCUGUCAGUAGCUCCGGUGGCAAAGAAAAGCACUUCCUGUGUUCAUUCUGUGGGAAAGCCUUCAGUUUCCCCAAACAGGUGGAGAUCCACCAGAGGAUACACACGGAGGAGAAACUAUUCGGCUGCCACCUGUGCCGGGCCAGUUUCUCCCACUCGUCCAAGCUGAAGAGGCACCAGAGGGUCCACACAGGGGAGAAACCCUACAACUGCCCCCAGUGUGAGAAGAGGUUCUCCCACAAGCACCAGCUGAAGAUGCACCUGAAGAUGCACACGGGAGAGAGGCCAUUCGCCUGUACACACUGUGGGAAGAGGUUCUCAGAAAGGAGCUACCUCAGAAUACACCAGCAGAAAAUGCACACGGCCCAUGUAUAGUAUAGUGACAUGUAAUGUAGUACUAGUUAGUUUGUAGUUAAUUCUGUUGGUUUUGGAUGUAAAGGAAACUGACAAAAGAAUAAGUAUGAUGAGGCAGAGUAGAUGAUAUGGUGAUGGUUGGUGUGAUGGUGUCUGUAAACAUGCUUCACUGAUGAAGAGUGACCAACUUAGUCCCUUUUGGUUGAUGCUGGUGUUUUAUAGUGAGGUAAGGAUAGUGCCUUGAUUCAUGUUUACUUGAUAUAAAAUAGUGAAGCUGUUUUAAUGUAAUGAACCUUUUCCAAAGUAUUCUAAAAUAAUUUAUCAAGCGAGGGUGGCAGAUUUACAGAAAAGGUCAAGUGUUACCAAAGUUAUUCUACUUGUCACGUAUCGUUUUGUGCAAUAAAAGUUCUGUACUUCA